AUGAAGUACACCUUGACGCUCGCUGCCAUCGCAGCCUUCGCGGCCGCGCAAACCAUCACCGACCUUCCGUCCUGCUCGCUCCAAUGCGUAGCCAGCGGCGUCACCGGCGUCGGCUGCGAGCUCACCGACUUCGAGUGCAGCUGCAAGAAGGCCGAUGAGCUGACGCCCAAGGUCACGCCGUGCGUCCAGCAGGCGUGCCCCGAUGCAGCGGAUCAGCAGAAGGUUAUCAGCACGCUGGAGGGCAUUUGCGCCAGCGCUGGAUUCCCAAUUACCGUUCCUGAGCCGGAAGCGAGCAGCACUGCCGUGGAAAGCAGUGAGGCGCCGUCUGUUGAGACUUCCAUCCCUACCCCGUCCGCCACCGACAUUGUCAUCACUUCUCCCACCGGUUAUCCCACUGGGCUUCCCACCGAGACACCGGAGGAAUCCUGCGCUGUCACCACCGUCACAGUCACCGAGAUCAUGACCAAGCCUACCGCUCCCGGCGUUUCGCCUCCUCCUUACCCAACCGGCUCCGCUAAGCCAUCCGUGCCUGCCCCUUCUGGUACCGGCGCGUACACAACUAGCCCGCCGCUGUUCACUGGUGCUGCGGCUGCUGUUAGGGUCCCAGCUGGAAUUGCUGGCGUGUUAGGCCUUGCUGCUUUUGUUUUUUGA